UUUUGUGAUAGCGGCUUGCACGCUUGGAAUUUCUCUGACACCAUCGAAACACGGUGCUGCCUCGCACACCCGGACGGGUAUAUAAGAGGGUUGGUCACACAGCUCAGACAUCAGAAACCUCCCGAGACAACAAGAGAGCUCACUGCUCCUUCCUAGCAAACAGAGCCAGAAGAAUCGAGGAGGGAAGCUCGCCUCGCCUCUCACAAUGAACUGCAAGUUGGUUGUUGCUGUCUUGGCUCUUUUCCUAACCUACGCAGCGGUGUCAGAAGGGAUGAGUCUGGCAAGGAUGGGGAAUGAGCUCCGAUGCCAGUGCAUUGAGUUGCAUUCCAAGUUCAUCCCUCCCAGGAGCAUUCAGGAGGUGAAGCUGACCCCCAGCGGACCUCACUGCCAGAACACUGAAAUCAUCGCUACUCUCAAGGAUGGCAGAGAAGUGUUGGAUCCCACUGCUCCAUGGGUGAGAUCAUUCAUUAAAGCAAUUUGGACAA